GUGUGGACUGAGAAGGAGAGAGAGAAGGAUGAGUGGAAUAAACAGAGGAUUUUAAAUGGAUUGUCCCUCAGUAACAGUCUGAACGGGGUUAUGGACUCUACCUGCAUUCCUCACAGAUGGAUUAAGUGGUUUCUCUUCUAGCUUUUUAAAGUGGUUUUAAUUAGGACCUUUUCUGAAAGGGAACUCUUCAAAACCUGCACAGAAGAUCGAGCUCAGUGUUAUUGAGUUUGUGGAGAGAGAGAGAGAGAGAGAGAGAGAGAGAGAGAGACGGUGUGGGAGAGUGAACAGGCUGAAUGGACUGAAUGGAUGGAGGAACAGAGAGUGAGACAGACAGAGAGACAGACAGCCUGAGAGCUUCACUUCACUGCAGUGGAACGGAACCAGAAGCAGCAUCAGCGUGGAGUUUCAUCAUCAUCAUCACUGAACAAGGCCACACCUCCUUCACUGGGACAGACAGAGGCCACACCUUCAUUGGGGCAGACAGAAGCCACACCUCCUUCACUGGGAGUAGAAUAAAGUGUGUUGUGAAUUUCAGGAGCAGCAGUUCAGUAUUCAGGCUGAGAUCUGCAGAGUGUGUAGGUGUGUGUGUGUGCUACAGGAUGGCGAGUGAUGGCUCUGAGCUCUGCUCCCUCCCAAGUCCUGUAGUACGUCACAUCGAUAAACAUUUCCUGAUGUGCAGCAUCUGUUUGGAUCACUACCACAAACCCAAAGUGCUGCCGUGUCUCCACACCUUCUGCCAGAGGUGUCUUCAGAGCUUCGUCCCUGUCCACAGUCUGACUCUGUCGUGUCCUGUCUGCCGUCAGACUUCUGUUCUUCCAGAAAAGGGUGUGGCAGCGUUACAGAGCAACUUCUUCAUCACCAACCUGAUGGAGGUGCUGAAGAGUCAGGACGCAGAGCUCGGAGACGAGGACUUACUGCUGGACAUCAACCCUUUGAUCACAGAGCAACAUCUGUCCUGCCCCAACCAUGGAGCAAAAGUGAUGGAGUUUUACUGUCCCGUGUGUGAGACAGCUGUAUGUGAGAACUGCAGUAGUGAUGACCACGCUCAACACAUGACCGUCCCCCUCACACACGUCCUCACACAGCAGCAAGCUUCACUGCUGCAGCAGCUAAACUCCGUCAGGAGCAGACUUCCAGAGAUUGACUCGGCGCUGCAGAAACUGUCUGAGAUCCUGCAGCAACUGACCAAUCAGAAAAGCUCAGUCGAGGAGAAAAUCCACACCACCUUCAGUGAGCUGCAGAAGAUGCUGGAUGUGCGGAAGAGUGUGCUGCUGAUGGAGGUGGAGGUGAACUACACCCUCAAACACAAGGUGCUUGAGGCGCAGUUAGCAUUGUUACUGCAGGAGCAGGAGAGCAUGUGCAGCGGCUGCAGUCUGACGGAACGGGCAUUACGCAGUGGCUCUGAGGCCGAGGUGCUGCUGGUGGAGAAACAGCUGAGCGAGCGUCUAAGUGACCUGGCGACUCGCGAACUUCCUCUGCGGCCUGAAGAGAAUGGACAACUGAGUUUCACAGCAGAGACUGAUGGUCUGUGCAGCUCCAUUCGCCGUCUGGGUUCCAUCAUCACUGGCAGCGCAGUGGCAGGAGAGACAGUGGCGAGUGGUGAGGGACUGCGGCGCUGCAUAGUGGGCCAGCCCACAUCUAUCAGCGUUACCUCUAAGGACAGAGACGGUGGGCUGUGCCAGACAGGGGGCGCUCCUCUUUCAGCUGAGCUGAAUGGUGCAGAUGGCACACUGGUGGGAGAAGGUGAAGUUGUCGACCACAAAGAUGGCACAUAUGACGUACUGUACACACUGUCACAUGAGGGACAGUACAUGCUUACACUUCGCCUGUACGGACAGCACAUCCGCGGUAGUCCCUUCAGUAUCCGUGCCACCAAACACACGCAGGAAUCUGACAACACAAACAGUGCUAAGAGAUGGCUGAAGUCUCCGGGGAGCUCCCACAUCAAACAACGAGUUGUCAAGCGGCCUGGCAGCAUGUACAGCUCGGGUAGGGGCAAGGGGCAUGCCAUCGAGGACGACCUCAUCCUCCGAAUCGGGAAUAAAGGAAGAAAUAAGGGAGAGUUUGCCAAUCUGCAGGGCGUGGCCACUUCAGACACUGGAAACGUGUUAAUAGCAGACAGCAACAAUCAAUGUGUUCAGAUAUUUUCUAAUGAUGGACAGUUUAAGAGUCGUUUUGGGGUACGGGGUCGGUCUCCAGGGCAACUCCAACGGCCCACUGGCAUCACCGUUCACCCCAAUGGUGACAUCAUCAUUGCCGACUAUGACACCAAAUGGGUCAGCAUUUUCUCCAGCAAUGGCAAAUUUAAGAGUAAGAUUGGCUCCGGGAAGCUGAUGGGUCCUAAAGGUGUGUCUGUGGACAGAAAUGGGAACAUCAUCGUAGUGGAUAACAAAUCCUGCAGCAUCUUCAUCUUCCAACCCAACGGCAAACUCAUCCGCAAGUUCGGCACUCGUGGAAAUGGAGACAGACAGUUUGCAGGUCCCCACUUUGCAGCGGUGAAUCAGAAUAAUGAGAUUAUUGUCACUGACUUCCACAAUCACUCAGUAAAGUUGUUUAACGCAGAGGGAGAGUUCCUGUUGAAAUUCGGCUGUAGUGGUGAAGGAAAUGGUCAGUUUAACGCCCCAACAGGAGUCGCUGUGGAUUUAAACGGAAACAUCAUCGUAGCAGAUUGGGGAAACAGCCGGAUCCAGGUGUUUGACAGCAGUGGCUCGUUCCUGUCCUUCAUUAACACUUCAGCAGAUCCUCUGUUUGGCCCUCAGGGCCUCGCUGUCACCUCCGACUCUCACAUCCUCGUAGCUGAUUCAGGAAACCACUGUUUUAAAGUUUACCGCUACCUCCAGUGAUGUUCCUCAUCCCUCCAUCCACUUAUCCCUCCAUUCCAUAGUCCCAUCAUCCCGUCACCACUCUUUCCCUCCAUCUUCAUUAUUCUCAUCAUGACCCAACAGCACUGUUAUUUUUCUAGUUUUCAGGAUUAUUAACCACCUGAACUGCACAGAGGAAGAAAUAUAAAUAUUGAAAUAAAUAAAAACAGGUGAAUACAAGCAAACAAAAAAAGGAUUAGAAAUGUAUUUAUGAAAUGCUUGUUUUUUUAAUUUUAAGAUUAGUUUGGGUUUAUAAUAGAACAGUGUACAAUCUCAGCUGCACAUCCAGUGAUGGAGUCUCUCAGUCUCGGUUUUUCUGACUUUUCGUUACUCAGAAAUAUUUUAAUUCACCUGCUCCUGGUUUACACUCACUGCUCUGAUUAUUAAAUUAUUUUAAAUCCUCUUA